UACAGUGCAGCAGCGUCUUAACCAAGCAACUAGCAAGCGUAACCUGAAGAAGAAUUUGAUACCAAAAUCUCAAGAUGGUCAUAGAGGACCCGGCUAUCAUAUCUCAAGAAGAGGUUGAGUCAACUUUGCAACCACACCAACAGCCCAAGAUUCAGACUUCUAAGUCAAUAGGCCAACAGUCAUCCAUAUACUCGCUUACCCUCGAUGAGUUUCAACAGAAUCUUAGUGAGAAGGGCAGAAACUUUGGCUCGAUGAAUAUGGAUGAGUUUCUCAAUAGCAUAUGGACUGCUGAAGAAAAUCAAGCUACAAACACCCAAGCAACAAUUGCCACAGCCAAUGGUAACAAUAUCAAUGGGAAACAGAAUCUCUUGCAAGAAAGUAAUGCUUCAAUGGCUAAGGGUAUACCCAAGCAGUCAAACUUAUCCAGACAAGGUUCGCUUAGUAUUCCCGAGCCUCUGUGUCAGAAAACAGUGGAUGAAGUAUGGUCUGAUAUUCACAAAGAUCAGCGCCAACAUAUUAACGACACUCAUGUUCAGAAUCCUCGUAGUACUCAGAGACAGCGGACAUUUGGGGAGAUGACACUGGAAGAUUUCUUGGUUAAAGCAGGGGUUGUAAGGGAACAGAAUCACCCCCAGGUGCAACCUCAACACCAGCAAUAUGGAAUGUAUCCAAACAGAGAUUAUGCUGUGCCGUCUAAUUUUGUCGCCCCACCUGGAAUGGGGAUGGGAGGAGGCAAUAUUGGUGGUAAUGCCAAUGAUGCUAAUGUUGCUACAUAUCAUGCUCUUCCGCAAAGUGGCGUUGGAGAUCCACCAGGUUACCCUGGAGGAAUGAAAAAGGGUGUUAGGUAUGCACAUCAACCAUUGAUAGUCUAUGGCGGGAGAACAGGAAAUAGCAGUGCCGGAGGAUAUGAGCAAGUGCAGGGAUUGGAAAUGGGAUCCCCAAUAAGUCCACUGUCCUCGGAUAGAUUGUGCACAAACCAGGUGGAGAACAGUAAUCAUCAUGGUUCGAAUACGAGUGGGAAUAAAGGAGGGAGGAAGCGAAACGCAGAUGGUCAGGUUGAGAGGGUUGUGGAGAGGCGACAACGAAGGAUGAUCAAGAAUAGAGAGUCAGCUGCGCGAUCUAGAGCCAGGAAGCAGGCUUACACUGUUGAACUUGAAGCAGAAUUAAAACAGUUAAAAGAAGAGAAUGAACACCUACAACAGGCUCUGGCCAAACUAGAGAGGAAAAGAAAACAGCAGAACUUUGAGGAAGCAAGAAUGAAGGUGCAGGCACAGACCAAGGCCCAGAAAACAAACGAGAAACUGAGAGUGAUGAGACGAUGCCUGAGUUGCUCUUAUUGAAGUCGAGGAUUGGCCUGUCAGAAGCCAUUUUUCUGAGGACUGGGAAGAGGGGAUAGGAAAGCAAAAUCAGUAGUAGGGGAUAUUUGCUGGAUUUAGCUUAUACAGUAUAUGUUUGUUUUAUUAUUUUGAAAGUGUAAUAAUCUAGUCAUGCUAGUCUUUUCGCAGAAGUCGUAAAGCUAUAUACUCUUCUGUAUACCUAUAUAAUUUAUAUAUGGACAUAAGGUCAUAUUUCGUGUU